AUGGAUAAAAACGAUAGUUCUCAACUCACAGAGUUUCCGCGCUUUGAAUCUGAAUCUAAUCAGAGUGGCGUAACAAUGUUUUUUAAUAAACUAUGGAAAUUACCCUUAUUUUCUCCAAACGAAAGUGACGAUCACCCGGAAGAUAAAAUGUCGAGUGAUGAUAAAUAUACUCAGCUCGAGGAUCCUAGUAAGAAAGAAGUUGAUUUAAAAAAUGAUCCUUCAUGCAGCCAGACAACUGAAAGUGGGCUCAAUGUUAUGAGAAAAAUUAGUGUUUUCAGUUCUGGAAGUGCCACUCGAUAUGCUGACACAGAUCUAGCAAGAUAUUGGAUGCCAGAUGAUAUAUCACGGGAAUGUUAUGAAUGUGCAGCACGUUUUGGAGCAUUACGUCGUAGACAUCAUUGUAGAGUAUGUGGACAGAUAUUUUGUUCAAGAUGUUGCAGUCAACGUGUGCCAGGCCAAAUUUUUGGGUGUGCUGGUGAUUUGCGUGUUUGUACAUAUUGUUGUAAUGUAGUACUGAGCUAUCUACGUGAAAAUGACAUCACUGGUGAAAUAUAUCCUGACUUGCGAAUGUUACAGGAAAACCUUCAGAUGAAAUUUCCAGAAAAAAAAUCAAACUCAACGGGUAAUCGAGACUUUAUGUUUGCCCGGGAGCAAGAGAACUGUGAAGUGCAAAGUUCCACCAAAGAUAUACAUGAUAUCUACAGACAGUUGUCAUUUUCACUGCCAACUCAACAUCAUAGAUACCGUUUAGUGAGAUAUAGCAACGUAUGGCGAGGAUGUGACGUCAUACAAUGGGUUAUGGAAAACACCCCAAAUAAAACCAGGGCCCAGGCGUCAAUGUUCUGUCAGAGUCUCUUACAACAAGGCUAUAUGGAGCAGGUGACUGAUCCACCACAUUUCGCUGAUUAUGGCCUCUACCGGCCUCUGAAUUUGGUCUGCACCGAACCUGACGUCUCAACUGAUGAGAACAAUGAAGAAGCCGAAACGACCAGAUUGGUUGAGAGUGUGUCUUCUUAUUGUCUAGAUCUGAAUCUAGGCGAUAGUUCAGCGCGACUUAGAAAGUCUACUAAAAGAGAACCGGCAGUUGAGACACCAGAAGAGGAACCAUUGGUUAUAGAAAACGAUGAUAGAAGCGAAGUGCGGCCUAUAUGUAAAGCGAUAGAGGAAUCAGGAGUGGAACAUAUAAAGCUGCUACUACGCCAAUGCCUCGCGCGUCAGGCUCUAUGUUCUAGCUGGGCUGACGUGUUGUAUCCGCUCUGUGUACACGCCGCUAAUAUUACUGCACCAGACCUAAUGGGCGCUGACAUAGACGUACGAAACUACGUCCAAGUAAAGAAAGUCCCCGGUGGGGAGAAACGAGACAGUGUGGUUGUACCUGGCGUAGUUAUAUCCAAGAAUGUUGUGCAUAGAGGAAUGCCUCGGCAGAUAACAAACCCCACUGUAUUACUCCUCGACUGUUCAAUCGCGUACCAACGGGUUGAGGGGAAACUUACCUCGUUGGAGCCUGUCCUGAUGCAGGAACAAGAAUAUUUAGUACGAUGUGCCGCGCGCAUAUCAGCCCUGCGCCCGCGCGUUGUGCUCGUUAAGGGGGGGCGUCGCACGCGGCGUACAGGAUGCGUUGAGGGAACAGGGUGUGGCUCUGGCAAUAGGAGUGCGCGAUAG